AUGACCAAUCCUAGCAUAAAUAUCACACAAGCACCUUCACAAGCACCUUCACAAGCACCUUCACAAUCACAAGGACCUCCACAGACACCUAGACCGUUUGAAAAUAAACGUGAAGGAAAUAGCAAUGUUUCAUCAAUAAUGAAAACUAAUCUUACGCCGUCAUAUAGUUUCGGAUUAGGAUUUCUGCCUUCAUUUCACUUCAAUUCUCCUAGAAAUUUGAACCUAUUGAAUUCAUUAUCACCCCAAAGAUUUUUCCAAGUAUCUAAUAAUUUGAAUAAAGUUGUUAAUAGAAAUCAUGAAAAGAAUAUAUUUACCAAUACUCCUUCAAGAUUUGAAAAUAAUACACCAAAUAACAAAUUUUUGAAUUCAUUAUCAUCAAUAAAUUCCAAUCUUGAUUCAAGAGGUGAUUCUUUGUCACCAGAAAAGAAAUCCAAAUCAAAGAAUGAUGAAGAUACUACAACAGAAGAAUCAGGAUUAUUUUCAGUUAAUGACUCCCAAAAUAUGAGUAAUUUAACUGUUUAUGAUCAAGCUACACCAAAAAGAACAAGGACAAGAUCAAUUAGUGACAGUGAAUUUUUAACUCCUAAUAAAUUAUUUUUAAAUAAACUUGAUCAGAAUAAAAAGAGAAGGAUAUCGAUUAUAGAAUCACCUAAUACUACUAUGGCAUCAAAAAUCGAAACUAUUGCAUCACCUCCCAAAUCACUUCGUUCUUCAUCAAUCACCUCAAUAUCAAAAUUCGAUGAUGAUAAAUCUUGGUCACCAGAAUUAGAUGAUGUGUUAUUAUCUUCAUAUUUAAAAUACAAAGCAUUUAAGAAGAACAACCAAUCAAGCAUAUUGAAGAAUGUUUCACAAAACAAAGUUAUUUCAAGAAUGGUAUUCAAUAAGACCAAGACUUUGAAAACCACUAAACAAAUUGCAUCAAGAUUAUUCAAAUUAACAAGAGAUAAACUUGAAUUUAAUAGUCCUUUGAAUGAUGAAAUUGAUGAAUUAAUUCAAACUCCCUUGGAAGCAUUGAUAAGUGGUAGUACUUAUUCCAAAUCUGAUACUAUUAAUAGUGCUGAAAUUAAUGCCCAAAUCGAUAAAGAGUUGGAUUUAAUCUUCACACCAGAUUUUGAAUCCAAUAUUUCAAGUUUUAAAAUAAAUGUUAAUGAUUAUGAAUUAAGUUAUAAAUCAAAUUCUUAUAAACAUGAUUUUAUCAAAUUAAAAGAUGUUAAUAACAAAGCUGAAUUAAAAUCAAGUCAUAUAUUAACUAAAGAAAUGAGUCUUAGCAAUUCCAAACUUCACCAAACAUUGUUAUCAAGAUUCGAGAAUAAUUCCAUCCCAAUUUUCCAAGUAAGAAAUACUUUCAAUUUGAAAAUACAAGGAAAUCAAGAUUUUUCGUCAUUAGAUUCAAUAAUAUCCAAUAUCAACCCUUUAGAUUAUAAUAAUGGUGAUAUUUCUUCAUAUGUUCAAAUCUCAAUCAACAAUAUGGGUUUUAAUAGAACUACAAUCAAUUGGAAUUGUAAUUCAAGAAUCUUUAAGAAUGAUACAUUGAUUUUUGAAGCCGACGAUACUGUUUUUGGGAUGUUAAAUAAUGAUUCAAAUAGUAUCGAAGCUACAGUUCCUUUACUCAAGAAUUUCUUCAAAGGUUUUUUAUCAUUGUUGAUUAAUGGUAACGAUCCAAAUUUAGGUAAUGAAAUCAAAAUAGUUCAAAUCAUAAGUGAUGAUAUGGAUCCUGAAUUAUGUUUAAUACAUGAAUUUAAUUCAUCAGAAGAAGUUGGUUCAUCUAACUUCCAAUUGAUUAAAUCUGCCGAUUUAUUCGGUGACGAUUUGAGGGCAAUCUUAGAGGAAAACGAAGAACGAAUUGAUAAACUUGAUGAUACCGAUGAUAAUGCCACUAGUAAUGAAGUUUCAAGUCCAAUCAAAGAAGAGGAGGAAGAAGAAGAAGAAGAAGAUGACAAUGCUACUGUCAUUGCUGAUUCAUCACCAAUAAGAAGUAUGGAUAGUCCUAAAAGACCAUUCAAAAUUGAUUUAAGUUUAGCUAGAAAUUUCCCGUUUACCCACAAUGGCCCUGCAACAGCACCAAUCUUCAAUUCAAGUCUAGUCAGUUCACAAACUCAACAAUCAUUUCAAAAUCCUCAACUUGCUAAUCAUUCACAGUCUACUAGUAAUUUGCCCAAUUUCAAUCGAUCGAGUUAUGGGUCUGAUAAAUUAUCAUCAACACCUGAAGUCAUUUCUCCAUACAAUUCAUUUCAAUAUGAAGCUAUGGCCACUAAGUCAUAUUCAUUUUCAGCCAAUACUCCUGCUUCAUCUAUAGUAACAUCAACUCCUGCAAAAACUUCAGACAAUCAGAUUAAUACAAUGAAUUCAAUGAAUAUGACACCUAUGAAUCCAUCAGUUAUGAUGCAAUCCAAUCAAGGAACUCAACAACCACAAUUAAUGGUCAAUUUAGGAACGGGUUAUGUUCCUUUCAAUUCAUUACCCCCCACUCUUCAAGAAAAGUAUAUUGAUGUGCAGAAACAAUUUCAAUUGCAACAGCAUCAGCAACAACAACAACAACAACAACAGCAACAGCAGCAGCAGCAGCAGCAGCAGCAGCAGCAGCAACAACAACAGAGAAUGAUGUAUUAUCAACAAUCAAUGCAAUCACAAAUGCCAAUGGGUCAAAUGAUGAACCAAGGUAACAGACCCUUACAAAAUAUCCCUAUGAAUCAAUACCAUACUCUCAAUUCAGCACCAGCUUCACAAACCACAUUUGGUUUCAACCAAUCAAAGAAACAACCUAAAGAAAAUCCAAAAUCUAUAAAAUUUGGCCCUAUGUUAGCUUACAAUCCUUCAAAAUCAAAAGAUUCAAAUUCCAAAGUCAGAGAGAAGAAAUCUAAUGAACCAAUGAUGGGAGUUAUUCAUAUGCCAAACAUUCAAUUAAGUAAUUAUAAACCACCUAAAAGAAAAACUUCUCAUUAA